AUGGACAUGAACACGCUCAAGAAGCAGCUCAGCGAAGAGCUCAUUAGCUCAGGCAAAUAUAAUGAAUUGUCAAUGCUGCUUCGGCAACGUUUAGAAGCUUCUGGCUGGACAUCGCGUAUUGCUCAAAUGACUGAACAAGCAACAGCAGGCUCUACCUGGCCAGACUUUGACAGCCUACUCAAUCAGCUUGAGGAUGAGGCAUUGCAAGCUGUAGAUCCAGAAGUACAAAAAGAGUUUGAGGAACAAUGCACAGAAUGGAUGCGUGCUCAGCUCACAGAAGAACGUCUGAGAAAGCUUAUGUGA